AUACUGACGACGAGCUUUUUGAGCGUUAUCGAUUUAGACAGGUGUCGGUAGUGUAUUUUCUAAAUUUAAUAGGUGGUACCUUAUUAGAAAGCACUAGAAACAAUGCCUUACCCCCGAUGUUGCAGCUGUUUGUUUGUCUUCGCUUCUUUGCGACAGGCGCCUAUCACAAACGCAUAGGUGAUAGUUUGAAUGUAUCAGAGUCCACCGUCGGCAGAUGUUGCAGAUCGAUAACUGAGGCCAUCCUCCAUGUUCGAAAACAAUUUAUUGCUUUUCCGAGAGAUGAUGAAGCCCGGAAAACAAAGCAAGAAUUUAUCAAAAUUGCCGGAUUCCCGAACACACUGGGCUGUAUUGAUGGCACAUUUAUUAGAAUCCUGGCUCCAACUGAAAAUGAACCGGAUUUUGUAAAUAGAAAGGGGUUUCAUUCUUUAAAUGUACAGAUGGUUUGUGAUGCCAGAUUUAAAUUCACAAGCGUCUGUGCCAGCUGGCCCGGGAGUGUCCAUGAUAGUAGGAUCUGGCAAGAGUCCUCCCUUUGUCGACAGUUUCAAAGAGGUGAACACAAUGGAAUUUUGUUGGGCGAUUCAGGAUACCCCUGCAAGCGAUUUUUAAUGACGCCUUAUCUUAAUCCACAAACAAACGCUCAUCAAAGAUUCAAUGCUUCCCUUUGCAGAACGAGGGUGCUCAUUGAGCAAAGUUUCGGCAUUCUGAAACGGAGGUUUUCCUGUCUUCAAGGAAUUCUGAGAACGACUCCUGAACAAGCAGUGGGAUACGUCGUCGCCUGUGUCAUCCUGCAUAACCUUGGCAUUCAAACUGGUGAUGUGAUGGAUAGAGUAGACCAGCCAAUGGACGCAUUUGACGAAACCGCCCACUAAGUUGAGUGCAAUUCUCCAGAGGGAAGUCACUUGCGAGAUUAUAUCGCACAGACGUAUUUCGGUUAGAGUUCAUUUUGAAAAUUUGGAGAUACAAGUGGAAAAGUGGUUAUUUGAAGA